AUGCGUGUGUCACGCCUUGGUUGUGAUGUUACCUCUUCAUCGUCCUUGCUCCUGGUGACACUGACAACAUUCCUCUUCUUCUUUACAACCUUUGUCCAUGCUGUUCCGGCUCCAAGAGAUCGAACGACAACAGGAAAGCAACCAACCAAGCGUAACCUAGAAACCAGAGAUCUCAUCGAUAGCAUCAAGAGCAUCUUUGGGUUUAGCCCAACUACCGGAUAUGGACCAUUCCAGGUUAUGAGUCCAGCGGAUAUUGUCUCCGUUCGUAGAGGGGGGAAAUUUGCAAAGGAAGAGGCUUCAUGGAUUAAUGGAAGGAUGAAGGUUGUAAACACGGCUUUGACGGAUUAUUUGGGAAGAGUUGGGAUGAAAGGGUUUGAUCAUAAGGGUUUUAUGAAGGGGUAUACUCCAACCGUUGGAUUGGCCUUUUCAGGUGGUGGGUAUAGAGCAAUGCUGAACGGUGCUGGCGUCAUUUCUGCAUUCGAUUCGAGGAAUCCGAAGGCUAUGGGGCCUGGUGGACUUGGUGGACUACUUCAGGGAACGACUUAUUUGUCUGGUCUCAGUGGAGGUGGAUGGUUGGUUGGGUCGAUGGCGGUUAAUGAGUUCCCCUCUAUCGGGGAGAUUCAACAAUCGGAGAGGAUGUGGAAACUUGAGGAUUCGAUCUUCAGUCCAUUGGGGAAGUCGUACAAAUACUAUCCAAGUAUCUUAGCACAAGCCAAAGAGAAGCUCGAUGCAGGGUUUGAUAUAACCCUGACGGACAUAUGGAGUUUGAUGCUUUCCCGAGUCUUCAUCGACAAGCCAGAUGGAGGUCCAAAUACCACCCUCUCAAGUAUUGCGAAUUGCAAGAAGUUCCGAAACUUCCAGAUGCCUUUCCCAAUGUUCCUCGCCAAUGGUCGCGCUGAUGGUGAUACAUUGAUCCACCUUAACGCCACAGUUUUUGAAAUUAAUCCACUCGAAUUCGGCUCCCACGACCCCACAGUAAACGCAUUCUCUCAGACUAGAAUGCUUGGCUCCGACUAUCACGAGGGAAUACCAGAAGAAGGCGGGAAGUUAAUCAACGGCUUCGAUAAUGCCGCUUUCGUCAUGGGAACUUCGUCAUCAUUGUUCAACCAGGUUCUUAUUGAUAUCAAGAGAAAUGACGCCAACAUUUUUGGAGGAGGGUUUCUGAAGAAUCUUGUGAUCAGAGCAUUGGAAUAUCUUUCGAAAAUCGAAUUCGAUAUUGCAGAUUGGGCUCCAAAUCCUUUCUAUGGUUUUAACCCUGACCACAAUCCCACCGCCAUAACCAAAAACUUGACUCUGGUCGACGGCGGCUUGGAUCUUGAAAACAUCCCAUUCAACCCACUCCUCGUACCCCACCGAGGCGUUGAUGUUAUCUUCGCCAACGACAACAGCGCCGAUGUUGUCCGACACGACAAUGGUCUUCCAUCAAACUGGCCAAAUGGAACUUCCAUGGUUGCUACGUAUGACCGCUUCAAACGAGGUCUCAUGGCUAGAGGAACCUCAUUCCCUGAAGUCCCAGAUAUCCACACAUUCAUCAACAAAGGCCUCAACAGUCGUCCGACAUGGUUUGGUUGCGACGCCAAAAAGGUCUCUAGAACUCCUAGCCCACUAGUUGUCUACAUCCCCAACGCCCCAUAUACCGCAUUCUCCAACACUUCGACCUUCAGAAUGGCCUAUAAGGACUUCGAAAGAGAUAUGCUCAUCGACAACGGUUACAUGGUUGCAACACAAGGCGACGGAGAGCUCGAUCCUGAAUGGCCAGCCUGUGUCGGUUGCGCCGUCAUCCACAGAGAGAUGGAGAGACGAGGAACUAUUACUGAGCAAUGCAAGAAAUGCAUGCAGAGGUAUUGCUGGGACGGUACAAAGAAUAGUACCCGGCCAGAUGAAUAUGAGCCUGACUUGAAAUUGAAGCCGGGCAGACCACCUACCCGUCUGAACAAGCCUUCGGGGGCUUCAAACGGAACAUACACAUUUGCCGCAGCACAUAGCAUCAAGCGACCUGCGUCGCCUUACAUUGAGGACUUUACAGACUAUUCCCGAUAUCGGGAUUACGCCUGA